UACCAACAUUAGAAAAUUAGCUAAUCUCACCUACUCAAGGUGAGAAUAUUUUAUCGGCGUUAAAAAGAAAAGCAAUUGUUCGUAAUUCGAUAAUUAAUAUGUGCUCCCUUUUAAUCUGCAAAUCAUCUUGAGUAUUUUUCUUGGUCUCUGAUUGUGUUGGUUUAAUUUGUUGAUUGUUUAUUGCUGAUUAUUUAUUCUGAUUGUCACCAUGCCUGAAAUGGAAAUAGAUGAACGUCGAGGUGAGGGUUUAAAGGCCUAUUACAUCACCAAGAUUGAAGAAUUACAAUUAGUUGUUACUGAAAAGACACAAAACUUGCGUCGUCUUCAAGCUCAAAGAAAUGAGCUUAACGCUAAAGUCAGAAUGUUACGGGAGGAGCUUCAAUUGCUUCAAGAACAAGGUUCUUAUGUCGGUGAAGUUGUUAAACCAAUUGAUAAGAAAAAGGUUCUGGUUAAAGUUCACCCAGAGGGAAAAUUUGUGGUUGACAUCGAUAAGAACAUUGAUAUUGCGGAUGUAACACCAAACUGUCGAGUUGCCCUUCGAAAUGAUAGUUACACAUUACAUAAAAUAUUACCUAAUAAAGUAGAUCCUUUGGUAAGCCUUAUGAUGGUUGAAAAGGUUCCCGAUUCAACAUAUGAAAUGGUUGGUGGUUUAGGUAAACAAAUUCAAGAAAUCAAAGAGGUCAUUGAGUUACCUGUUAAACAUCCUGAACUAUUUGAAGCUCUUGGUAUAGCUCAACCCAAAGGUGUAUUGCUUUAUGGUCCACCAGGAACUGGAAAAACUUUGUUGGCUCGAGCUGUUGCUCACCAUACCGAUUGUACUUUCAUUAGAGUCUCAGGUUCCGAGUUAGUUCAAAAAUUCAUCGGUGAAGGUUCACGUAUGGUUCGUGAACUGUUCGUCAUGGCUCGAGAACAUGCACCUUCAAUUAUCUUCAUGGAUGAGAUUGAUUCUAUCGGUUCAUCUCGUAUAGAAUCAAGUUCUGGUGGUGAUUCUGAGGUACAACGUACCAUGUUGGAGCUUCUCAAUCAACUUGAUGGUUUCGAGGCAACUAAAAAUAUCAAAGUUAUCAUGGCGACCAACAGAAUAGAUAUUCUCGAUCCAGCUCUUCUUCGUCCAGGUCGAAUUGAUCGUAAAAUUGAAUUCCCACCCCCAAAUGAAGAAGCUCGUUUGGAUAUUCUUAAAAUUCACUCGAGGAAAAUGAAUCUUACUCGAGGAAUUAAUUUACGUAAAAUCGCUGAGAUGAUGCCCGGUGCUUCUGGUGCAGAGGUCAAAGGUGUUUGUACCGAGGCGGGUAUGUAUGCCCUUCGAGAGAGACGUGUCCAUGUGACCCAAGAAGAUUUCGAAAUGGCCGUGGCCAAAGUUAUGCAAAAAGAUGCCGAACGUAACAUGUCCAUCAAAAAAUUAUGGAAAUAAUUUUUUUCGCUUCUUCUUUGCUAAUUACUUUGUUUUUUACAUAAAAUUUAAAGAGAGAUAAACAAAAACUUACCAUUAAAACUAAUGAAUUUACCGAGAAAA